UAUAAAAUUCCAAUGGAACCUCUUCAACAAACCAAGCUUCAAUGGGACCUUUCCGUCCCGUCCUGUCCGAUUCUUACAGUACUUAGCAUCUCCCCUCCUCUGCCAUCUCCCUCGUGAUCUCUCCCCUUUUUUUAAUUGAAUCUCUGGCAAAACGACAACUUCCUUAACAACAAACUAAACCUAAACCAAUGUUUAAAAACAUUAAUAUUAUGUAGAAGAGAAUUAAAGAAACGAAGGAAGAAAUGUUUUUUAUAUUAGCCAAUCCGAGUUCGUUGAUCUCCUCAUCACCUCCCGCCCCUCCCAUUUGACCCAAAAACAAUCAACCUUGUUCUUUGCUUUUUUCGGAACUCUGCAUUUCGUGUAGUUAUGAAGUGUUUUCAUUUUACCAACGGGGAGAGGCGAGGCGGGGGAGAGGACGGCGGCGGAGUUUCCAGGGCGUCGUCGAAGGUGACGUGGACGAGGUCGUUAAGCGUGGCGUCAAGCUGCGUCGACACGCGCCGUUCCGAGUUCGACUCCGAGUCGACUAGGGACUUCACCUCGGACUACUCGGCCGGGAGUUUUUGCGAGUUCCUGACUCAGCGUCGAGCUAACGAUCUGCGGGUGUUCUCAUUCGCGGAGCUGAAAUCAGCUACCCGCGGGUUCAGUAGAGCUCUUUUGAUUGGCGAAGGAGGGUUCGGGUGCGUUUACAGAGGCGUCGUUAAGGUUCCUGAUGCAGCUAACGACGGUCGUGAUUUGAAGUUGGAUGUCGCCAUCAAACAGCUCAAUCGUCACGGUUUCCAGGGGCAUAAGGAAUGGAUCAAUGAAGUGAACUUUUUGGGUGUAGUUAAGCACCCGAAUCUUGUAAGGUUGGUCGGAUAUUGCGCUGAGGAUGAUGAGAGAGGGAUUCAAAGACUUCUGGUCUACGAGCUUAUGCGAAACAAAAGCUUGGAGGAUCAUCUGUUGGCUCGAAUGCCAUUGUCCUUGCCAUUGCCUUGGGUGACAAGAUUGAAAAUUGCUCAAGACGCUGCCCGUGGAUUGGCUUACCUGCACGAAGAAAUGGAUUUUCAGCUAAUAUUUCGAGAUUUUAAAGCAUCAAAUAUUCUACUAGAUGAGGACUUUAAUGCGAAGCUCUCAGACUUUGGGCUGGCAAGGCAAGGACCUGCUGAAGGACUAGGCCAUGUUUCAACAACAGUUGUGGGCACAAUAGGUUAUGCUGCCCCUGAGUACGUACAAACUGGCAGGCUAACUGCUAAGAGUGAUGUUUGGAGCUUUGGGGUGGUUCUAUACGAGCUCAUCACUGGAAGGCGAGCACUAGAGAGAAAUCUCCCUCGAAGUGAGCAGAAGCUCCUUGAAUGGGUGAGACCUUAUGUGUCUGAUUCAAAGAAAUUCCACCUUAUUGUAGAUCCUCGUCUUGAAGGACAUUAUUGCAUCAAAUCAGCUCAGAAACUAGCAUCCCUAGCAAACAAAUGUUUAAUGAAAAACCCAAAAUCCCGCCCUAAAAUGAGCGAGGUGGUUGAGAUGCUAGGCAACAUUAUAAGUGAGACUUCAUCUCGGGAUGAAGGUGUCUCUCAAUCAGUGAGUGAAAAUGAAGAUGUCAAGGAAGAAAGUGAAGUAGAGACUGAGGCCGAGUCUACCAAGCAAGGGCACAAUUACCUAAAGAAGGUUUUUGAUAUCAGAGAAGUAAUUAGCUUAAGAAACAGAUCAGUUGGAAAGUUAGACUGGAGAAAUUGGACACCCGGGCUGGUGAGGACUUGGUGAUGAGCUUUCAGCUCGUGACACCCUCUCACACUGCUCGAUGAAUGCAUUUACUUAAUCAAAUACAUAGCAUGAAUAUAUUCAUACAAUUUAUUUCUUGAAAAUUUGGAGGAUAUUUCCUUUUCUCUCCAUUUCAUUUUUGUUCAAAAGUAGUUGUAAAUAUAGUUUGCAAGGAAAGCUGCAUCUGUGGUUCAUGCAAGCAAUUCUUUUCAUAA